AUGCGCGUUUCCUUCUCCGCUCUCGUUACUCUCUUCCUUGGAACAACGAGUCUCCUCCCCCAGGCUGCCAAAGCUACCGAGCCUGUCGUCUUUGAUUACAUGGACCCUGACUCCGACUGGCCCUUGUUUUCCACCAUUCCAACAUCCUUUGGCGAUAUGCCCAAUGAGUGCGGCAUGACCGAACGUCAGAGCCCCAUUGAUAUUCCUACCAGUGUGAUCAGGUCCCUAUGUGAACGUCCUACUACGCCCUACUUUAUUGAUGGACGAAACACGGGCAAAUGUGAGUUUUCGGCACUCUCCUUUCCGAUUCGUGAUGUUGACGUCGGUGUCGACUUGAACGGUUGCACUACAAUGCCCUCCAUCAAGCUUGACAAUGGCCCUAACGGAGACGGGGCCAACUACACGGCACUCCAGUUUCACAUCCAUACUGGAACUGAGCACUCGUUCAACACGGACUUUGAAGACGCGGAACUUCACAUUGUGCAUGCCAAUAUGAAUGUCGGUGACUUCACCUAUGAAACUGGAGACUUUCAGGUCCUUGGAGUUAAAAUCCGUGGCGGCGACGGAGCCAGGCCCAACUAUCGUUUCGAGAGACUCUUGGUGGAAUGGGAAGAGUCUCUUGCACAGACUGAAGCUUCUUGCUCUGGAGAGCUAACUGUGGGCGACUCUACCACUGUGGUGGGAAGGUCACAGUCCAGGCCAACUGGUUCGUUCAACCCAUACGACCUCAUCCCUGUUGGAACUGACUUUUACACGUACGAAGGAAGCUUGACAGCUCCUCCUUGCUCUCAAACUGUCAUGUGGAAUCUUGCCACUGAGUUCAUGCGCGUUUCCCGUAGCCAGCUCCUUCGUCUUUACAAUGUCAUCAACAACUACAAGUACCCAAUGGGAUCCAGCGCCGCUUGCCAGUUCAAUGCCAAGCCCGACAUUGAAGGAUCGACUAGCCGACCUCCACAGCCUCUCAAUGGACGCAUCGUCAAGAGAACUUGCGGAGGAAUUGAGUAA